AUGGCCGUAAGCGGGCAACGUGAAAUCAAGCCAGGUAAAACGGAUGACAAGCAUGUAGAAGGAAAAAAUGACUCUAAAAAGCAUGAAUUGCAGGCAGAAUUUCGAAUUGGAGAGCAGGUGCUAUGCUACGAACCAGAUCCGAGCAAAGCUAAAAUGUUAUACGAGGCCAAGUUGCUUGAGGUAGAUGUCACGAAAGAUGAAAAAGGAAAUAAAGUUCCAGAGUUUUUUAUUCAUUUCAUUGGGUGGAAUAAAAGCUGGGACAGAUGGGUCUUAAGUGACAGCGUAUUGAAAGACUCUGAGACAAACAGAAGUUUGCAAGCAAAGCUCUAUGAAAAAGCACUUGGGCCGAAAAAGAGACCUAGAGCAAGAAAGCGGAAACAAGAUGACGAUUUUGAAUCUAUAGAAACAAACAGCCAAUCAAAUCAAAGUACAGCAAAUAGCUCGCAAGCAGAGGGGGAAGAAUCUUCAGAUUUGCCUGUUGUUUGUAUCAGCAUUCCUCAUAUCUUGAAAUGCAAACUGGAGGACGAUUGUUAUCUCAUCAAAAGAAGGAAAAGGUUACUCAAGCUACCAAGAGCGCCCAGUGCCCUGAAGAUUCUUACAGAUUUCUUGGAAUUUUGUGAAUUGCACGAAGCAAACGAGAGUUUGAACGAGGUUUCAUAUUUACGAAACGUGAACAUUGAAAUUGUUCGAGAAAUGGUCCAGGGUUUGCAGACGUACCUCAACUUUACGUUGUCAGCUUUGCUGCUUUACAAUUUUGAGCGGGAGCAGUAUUCUCACAUUUUUCCAGAUAAACAAUUUACUGCUAUACCUAGUCCGUUAAAGUUGAUAAAUACAAAGUUUGAUGACACACUUCAAAAUUUGCCAGCUACACCGUCAGAAUCGAGUGCAAGUCCACGUAAAAAACGGGGACGAAGAUUCAAAAGAGUCGUCUCUAGAGAAAAGCAAGAAAAAUGCUCAGGCGCAGAAGGUUCGGGAGUGGGUGGACGGUUUUCUUCAGGGGUACUUGGUAUUAGAAAUGAGAAACUGGAUCAUCUGAAAUCGCCUCCAAGGCGCAGGGGGAGGCCUAGCUUGAAAAGAAAACUGGAACCACCUGUGAGUGAUAACAUGCCAGCUGACGGGCAAGUUAGCACAAGGGUUGGUAAACCUACGGAAUUUCGAAUUUCAGCAAAUGUUGUAGCUCUGGACAAAGUUUCUAGAACAGAUUCGCAUGCAAGUGAAGCCAAAGCAGAGCAAGCUGACAGUGAUCUUGGCCCAAAAGACCACACUGUCGAUGAAGCCAUAGAUUCAUCUCAGGUACACGGCACAACAGAGAAAAGGGAGAUGAUGCACCAGCUAGCGGUGGAACAGUUCUUUAUAAGCCUAUGUGGUGUUAAAGGCGUUGAAAAUUCCGAAGGUGCCAUUCGAAAUCUCCGCCCAAGAAGGUCUAUUAACUCAGAAGCUCACCCUAGACCUUCGAGUAAAAGCUCUGCUUCAAAAGAACAACAUGCCAUGCCUGUUGGUGCAUCUGCUAGCUCUAUGAUGACGUCAGAAACCACUGCCCCGCAGCCAAUGACUUCAGACCAGAUGCAAGACCUACCGGAAUCUCUUUCCCGUUGUAUCUCAAAAGAGCAAGAGUCGUCAUUCUCGCCUUUUCCAUUAAGUGCGGUGGAUUCAAAAAGUCCUGCUGAGAUUUAUGGUGCGGAACAUCUGCUACGACUGUUUGUGAAAUUGCCAUCGUUGAUCUGUCGAACAGAACUGGACACUAGAAAAAGAAUUUUGCUAGUCGAAUAUUUGGAGAAGUUUUUAAGGUAUAUUGCAGAACGAGCCAACUCGCUAUUCGACUCAAGCCACUAUUCUGAAUCAGUAAUUUAACUUCAAGAGAUGACAUGUUUUUCACGUUAUCAUUUGGCCUCUCUCUGCACAAGUAUGGACCUUUUUUAUUUAUAUUGAACCUUAGUAUAUUUCUUUAUAUCGCAGCUAAUUAUUCCUAUAACA